AUGCAGGAGAAUUCUACAGAAAACACCUCAUCGUGUCAGAGUACAUCUGAGUCAGCUAUACCAGUACCUAUUCAACCUCCCCCACGUCACAUAAGACAUUCACCAAGGGUAAAAAAACCCAAGAUAAUAAAAGAUGGAACACUAUCUGUGUUAUCAUCCAGUUUACAAAACAAAACAAAUGGUCAUACAGAGAAAGCUUCAACCUCUAGUACCAGUACCAAUAACAAAACAACUAAUAAUGAUAGCAAUACUCCAGUUAUUCCCCCUGUCAGAAUACAGACAACACCUCCAAAAACACUGCAAGAAAAACUAGCAGCCACUCCUGGUUUCAGCAUGAAGCCACGACGGAGAGGUAAUAAAAGGAAGAGUUUCAAUGCUCAGCUAGCAGAUACUAAAGAAGGUGCCAUUGAUCUAACACCAGAUUCUUUUCUUGUUAAUAUUAAUCUAAAGUCCAUUAUUGAUUCAAACACAUUUUGUCGUCUGCCAACAGAAUAUCAGCAAAAUUUGAUCUCCCUCUUACCAGAAUGUGAUAAAUUAAAUGGUGCUGAAAGCUCCUUAAGAAUGAGCAGCACCGCACUAAAUAAUGAGUUUUUUGCCAAAGCUUGUCAAGAAUGGAGGGAAAGACUGUCGGAGGCUGAAUUUACGCCCGAAAAUCAACAACGGAUUAAACAAGAACAAGAGAAAGAACUUCUGAAGUUAGAUCCUUGGAAGGCUAAACAUUUUGAAGCUGUUUGGGGUCAAAGGAAAAAGGGUGAUGUGCCCAAGGCUCUAGGACCACCUCAAUCAACUCCUAAAGUCAGUUCUACAGUCCAGCCGUCUCAAGUAAAACAAAAACCUCUGCGUAGUAUGUUAGUUUCUCAAAUGUUAAAAAAGAGAGAUGUUUCUAGAAAUGUGGCGGCUAAAAUUCAAGCAACAACAAGCUCUCGUGCCUGUGUAAAUAAUAGUAAUAUUAAUAAUAACAAUAGUCCAACUAGUAGUCUCAGUCUAAGUAUGCCAGUGACCUCUAGUUUAUUGACCUCAUCAUCAGCUACAUCAGUUACACCUUCUGAUAAACCUCUUGUAGCAAAAAUAAAACUUGAAACAACUACUGACUCCACAAGUGGUCCUAGUCCAAUAAAGAAAAUUAAAAUUAUUCCCCCUACUCCACCUCAACCAACCCAAGCUCAGGCUAAGACAUUAGCUCAAAUUCGAGCUCAGACAGAGGCGGCCAGGUUGCAGAAGAGUGGAAACAGUGUGCCUUCAGUGAUACAGUCUCAGUUAGCUGCUGGUCCUCAACAAGUACCCAGUGGAUCUACCAAAGUUUUAAAUACUGGUGCUGUAACUGCCAGCUUUAGAUUAGCUGGACAGACACGAACUCUUGCACAAAUUAAAGCGCAAACUCAAGCUGCUAAAUCAAAUGUAGUAAAUGUCAUAUCUAUACCUCAAGCCACUGGUACUACUCAAACACAAGUUACUAUGAGAAGCUUAUUAACUGAUCCAGCUUCCCCUGGAGCUCAGUCAGGUGGACAAACUCGAACUCUUGCUCAAAUUAAAGCUCGUACUAAACAAGCUCAGAUAAAAACUGUACAGAAACCUGUCCUGCCCGUCACAGUUACUGUGUCGGACAAAUCAGUAGAAGCAAUGCCGCGUGCUGCAACACCAACAAAAAAUCAAUCUGUGUCUGCUUCACCCAGCAGAGUGCGGCCCUUAUCUCGAAAUUCAAGCGCAGAUCAACAAAAACUCAAUUUACAGCGAUCACAUGAGAUUUGUAAAGCAGAAUUUGAGAAAAGUAGAAAUAAACAAGAAUCACCAACGUCAAGUGUCAAAUUACACUCCCCAAAUAACAUGACCUUACCUAGUGAAUCUACAUCAAGUAAUUUUACAAAGACUCCAACUCCAACCAAAGUUGUGCCUACCACUCCAACUAAAGACCUUCCCAAACAACAACCACCCCAGCAACAACAACAGCAAAUCUUGUUAGUUACAUCUAAUAACUUAUCUCAACCUAAUACAAUGUAUUUAGUGAGUGCUCCAGCAUCUACCUUAUCAAAUUCAAGCACCAGCCAAGUGAUACCAGUGACUCAAGUUGGAGAAAAUGUAACGCCUAGUGCUACUAGAAUAAUAACUAUACCUGUCAGUAAGAACAAUGAAACUGUGUCAUCUUCUGCAACUACUUCUCAGGGAAUUGAACAAGCUGUUAGAGCCAUCUUAGCGAGAACACCUCCUCGGGCAUCCAGUGCUCCUCCAAACAAUGUCAAUCGUCAAACAGAUGUUAUUACGUUAGUUCGACCAGCAAGUGUGGAUAUCGUGAACAAUGCAAGUGCAAACAAUAGCCAAUCAAACUCUUCCAAUGAAGAAAUUGGACUCAAUCUCAACUCAGAACAGGUGAAUUUUUUAUCCAAAGCUGGCACUGUUAUUCAAGCAGGUCGUAAAGGGUCUCCAACCAAAAUCAUCACACGACCAGCAGUAACUGUGGUAGAAACUACCCAACCACAGUCAGUUGUACCCGCUACCCGUAACAUCAAGGGUAAACCCACAACUGUGGAUAACAGUGUCUUAGCGAAUGGAAAUAAUAAAAUUUUAAUGGAGACCCAAGUAGCUAAUCUAAUUCGUAAACCUGUACUAUCUAAUGCUACUGGAAUUCAAAAUGUUCAAGUUCUCACGUCUGGUCAAAAUAUAAUGCCUGUGAUCAUUCAAGGGGGGACUACUCUUCCUAUUGUUUCUCAUGGGAAUGGUUUGACAGACAACAGUAAUUUGUUAAGUCAGUCUAGUUGUGCAUGUAGUUUAAAAGCAAUGGUUAUGUGUGAGAAGUGUGGAGCAUUCUGUCAUGAUGACUGUAUUGGUCCUUCUAAACUUUGUGUUACAUGUUUAAUUACUACUUAG